UUGAUUUUGAUUUGUUGCUCGACAAAUUUGAAACCAAGAAUUUCCAAAUAUAUUCCGGUGUUUUGUUGCCUACAAAUAAUUGUGGCUCAAGUGAAGACUAUAAUAUAGCACGCCCUUAGAAACGUGACUUAAACGGUCACAUGACUGAUGCAUCCAAUAAGAACAAUUACAGAAUUUGAGUCACGUUGCAUUCGACGUGGCUUUGAGGCAGGAAUACGCAAGUUUCAUUUCAAACUUCCCGUUCGCUUAUUAGUUUUCCUGCUGUAGAUGUUCAAGUGACGAUAGUUUCAUUUAAAUUGGUGGAAAUUUGUGAAUCGAUCCAAUCAGAGCAAGCAGUAUCUUUCCUAUUAUCCAUUGAUCCAGUAAAACAUAACGAUGAACACCCGCCCCCAUAGAUGAACGUUGAUGUGCUGGAAUCUGCGGCCCACCAGGAGGGGAAGCACGCAGUACACUGGUUCCGAAAGGGACUACGACUACACGACAACCCAUCACUGAGGGAGGGCCUAAAAGGCGCUACAACCUUCCGUUGCGUCUUCGUCCUGGACCCCUGGUUUGCAAGUUCCUCCAAUGUGGGAAUCAACAAGUGGAGAUUCCUGCUGCAAUGCCUAGACGACCUGGACCGCAGCCUGAAAAAAUUAGACUCCAGGCUGUUUGUAAUCAGGGGCCAGCCUGCAGACGCGCUGCCUAAGCUGUUUCGCGAAUGGGGCACAACGGCUCUCACCUUUGAGGAAGACCCGGAGCCUUUUGGGCGGGUUCGCGACCACAACAUCACGACACUUUGCAAGGAAAUGGGCAUCACUGUUGACCAAAAGGACUCCCAUACUCUGUAUCAACUGCAAAAUAUCAUUGACAGAAACGGUGGAAAAGCCCCAUUAACUUACCACCAAUUUUUGGCGAUAAUCGCUCGUAUGGGGCCACCCCCACAACCUGAACCUUCGGUUACCACGCACUCAGUCCACAAUGCCCACACCCCUUUAUCGGAUGACCACGAUGAAAAGUAUGGCGUUCCCACUCUGCAAGAGCUGGGCUUCGACAUUGAGGGCCUCAAUCCCCCAGUUUGGCAGGGUGGUGAAACUGAAGCGCUGACCAGGCUGGAACGACAUCUGGAGAGAAAAGCGUGGGUAGCAUCGUUUGGAAGACCGAAAAUGACGCCGCAAUCACUUCUGCCCUCGCAAACUGGGCUGUCGCCCUACUUGCGGUUCGGCUGCCUCUCUACUCGGCUCUUCUACUAUCAACUUACCGACCUUUAUAAAAAAAUUAAAAAGGCAUUCCCCCCAUUGUCUUUGCAUGGACAGUUGUUGUGGCGCGAAUUCUUCUACUGUGCAGCGACUAAAAAUCCCAACUUCGAUAAGAUGCUUGGGAACCCGAUUUGCGUCCAAAUCCCUUGGGACAAGAACGCGGAAGCGCUAGCAAAGUGGGCAAAUGGGCAAACGGGCUUUCCAUGGAUUGACGCGAUAAUGACCCAGCUGAGGCAGGAAGGAUGGAUUCAUCACUUAGCAAGGCACGCCGUGGCUUGCUUUUUAACCCGGGGGGACUUGUGGAUAUCCUGGGAAGAGGGGAUGAAGGUCUUUGAGGAACUACUACUAGACGCGGAUUGGUCGGUGAAUGCUGGAACAUGGAUGUGGCUUUCAUGCUCCAGCUUCUUCCAGCAAUUUUUCCACUGCUAUUGCCCGGUGAAGUUCGGGAGAAAAGCCGAUCCCAAUGGAGACUACAUUAGGAAAUACUUGCCAAUGCUAAAGAAUAUGCCCACUCAGUAUAUCCAUGAGCCAUGGAUGGCUCCCGACAACGUUCAAAAGGGCGCUAAAUGUACCGUGGGACUACACUAUCCCCUGCCCAUGGUCAAUCACAUCACCGUCAGUCGACUGAAUAUCCAAAGAAUGAAACAGGUUUAUCAACAGCUUUCCAACUACAGGCCCAGUGAAUUAUCGAGCAAUUGCUCAUACCUGAAAAAGCCCGCCAAACCAGAUCAUUUUAAAUACCAUCAUCAAGCCAAAUUCUAGUUGUGCAUCGCACUUUCAUAGAAAUCGUAGACUUAGUCGUAUUUAGACGUUUUGUCCACAAUAUUUGUAUAUGAAAUAUAGUCUACUUGACUUUU